UCAGCGCGAAGUAACUCGCAAAAUAGACGCAGCAAGACAGACGGUUGUUUGUCCAGUGUGAAGUGAAACCAGACGUGGCUAAAGUUAUUAUAGAUAUCGUAAUGAUUAUUAACUGUGUAUUAUUUGCGAUCACCGUUUCCUACACCUACGGAUAUCCGCAGUCUGAUUUCCAUCACUUUCCAUUGGAAGACUUCCUGAGCAGUCAUGAAAACUUUGAAGACAAGGCAAGUCACGGUCAAAACGAAGGCGAUAAACAUUCUUUCUUUCCUUCCUUUUCACCAUUUGAACCACCACCUUUAGGUCAUUCAAGACCAUUUCUGUUCCAACCAGAAGGCGCGUUUAGUCAAAAACCAACCGCUCUCCAGAACGAGCUCAGCCAAGGAGGCCUUAAGAAGCAGUUUAACAAAGACGAUUCGGCUGUCUCGCGUCUAAACCUUCUUGGUUCUGGUAACUUUGGAGUCCUUAAAGGAGGAACCUUCUACAAUGAUCACGACGGUGAUGCGUCUGAUGUCGAUUAUCAAUAUCGUUCUUACUAUCAAAAUGGUCAUGGAAGGCCCUCUUACUAUCCUAACCCUCAAAAUCCAAAACCCCAGAGGCAGCAGUUUGCCAAUUUUAAAGAUUUUGCUGACAUAAAUACUCCAUCUUAUUCCCAGUAUGUUGCAGUUUAUGCUAAGCAAAACGAUUCCGCCAGUAAUAAAAAUGAGAAAGUGAUAAGAGCCCCUAAAAAUAUUUUCGAACAGCUGGCCUUGCUUGAUCAAGAAUCGGGAACUACUAGCACAACCACCGAACAACCAUCAACAAAAAAAAUAUCAAAGGCAAAGCAGAAACUAACGAUGCUGAUGCCUGAGAAGAAGUGGAAAAUGAAAAGUACAACCACGUCUGAGCCUCCCAGUGAACCAUCAGAACCCAUGUUGGCAUUAAGUUAAUCAGUAAUGUAGUGUUUAGUAGUACAAAAUGAACAUUUAUUAAAUUUGAUCGUUGCGGUUGUGGUAGCCCAGCAACCACGAAGAAGUUUAACACCUUUCAAGACUGUAAAAGUGUGCUCCUUAAACGAGCAUAUGGGGGCACUUCUAUCUAAACUAUCCUUAAUUUUGCAGUUAUAUAAUUUAUGGAAAUAGAACCUAUAGGCGAAAUUCUUAUGGUUGAAAUCGCAACAAUUUUCAUUGAGAAUAAACUGAAAAAAAGUGCUCAUUAUAUUAGAUGUUGUCUCUUCAUCGCUACUGCUUAUCUGGAAGCGCACUCAGAGCCCUUUCGAAGUUAGUCGUAUUAGAGAGCAUCCACAGUGAUUUAAAAACCGGCAAAAUAUAGUAUUAUUUUGUUGACUGUGUUUUUUUUGUUACAUGUUUAUGAGCCGCCACUGUUUAAAAUCACCUAGUUGUGAAUUUCUGAAUUCAAUUUCAAGUACACGUACGCCGUAGGUAUACGUAGUAAAUACUUUUUUCAUUUUUUUUUCUGUACUAACAAUAAUACUAUUCAAAUAAAAGAGGGUGCUUGAUGUAGUAGGAUGCCUCAUAAAUUUCUUGGAAUUUGUAUGCUUACGUAUGCAGCAAUUGCCAACAUUUUGAAAAAAAAAGUACAUACACGUACAGUACUAUUGAAGACAGUACCUUCACAAUCCGAUACACACUUUAUUAUAUUGUAUUCAUUGAAAUAUGUAUUUAAGAUCCUUACCAAAUAUAGUUACCUGCUAAGCCUUAAGUACUACAUACAGAAAGUGGACUUAAAUGAGACGUACAAAUUAAUCUAUUUUCGUACAGUGUAUAUCCACUCGGUGUAAUUUUAAUUAUUCUUAAGCAAGUAAUUUAAAAAUUGUAAACGGAUUCUUAGAGUCAUUAUGCAGUAAAAAAUGCAACGGUAUUAAAAAUAUAAAAAUCAAAGUCUUCAUUAGGUUAAGUGAAAAAGAAUUGUAAACGA